AUGUUGGUAAAACCUUUCUCACCUUUACACCGAAAGCGCGCCAGGAAGCUGCUGGACCAGGGCCACCCUUCGUAUCCCACCACGCCCACCGACAUGAACACCUGGGAAGAGCAAGCCUUGAGGCGCGCGGCCGCUCGGCGGGUCUAUAACCCUAUGAUCCAUGACCCCCUGAUCUACCCCGGGCUCUACUCCCCAAGCAGCCUUGACAUGCUGACGAUCUUUGGAUACAUUCACACCCGUCCGAACCCAACUAUCUCCCUUGGGGCUGUCGACGCUUCGUGCGCCAUCGUCGUGUGCGACCUCACGCGCGCGGACCAGCCCAUCAUCUACGUCUCGGAGCCCUUCACCGCCUUGACGGGCUAUACCCCGGCCGAGGUUCUCGGCCGGAACUGCCGCUUCUUGCAGGCACCCCCGCCAUCCGUCCUCUCCCCGUCUGAUGCCAUCAUCCCGGGUCUGCUUGAUGUGAGCAUCACCACGCCCACGUUACCCAACGACCAGUGUUUCUCGAGCGAUACCUACUUCAGUCAGCAUGUAGCCCAGCAGCAGCAGCACCAGCACCAGCAGCAACAGCAGCAACAACAACAACAACAACAACAACAUCAGCAACACCAUCAACAUCACCAGCACCAGCAGCACCGACCCCUAGGCCCCGUCUCCGAAACCAACCUCAACGCCCUCAACAACGCCACCAUGAACAAGCACUACCAACUCCACCCCCCAUCCUCCUCCAACACCACCACCACAGCAGCCACAUCCACCCCCUCCACAAACUCCUCCAACUCCAGCCUCGACAGUACCACAGCCCCAUCAUCCCUCCCCACCAACACCAAUACAACAACAACAACAACAACAACAACAAACUUCCUCACCCCCAACCACCCUCCCCCCAUCAACACCACCAACCCUCCCGCUCCUAACACCACCCCCUGGGAAAUCGUCAAACACAACUCCAAAACCCGCGGUCUCGGCGUCGACAUGGCCGUAGUGGAGCGCAUGCGCCGUUCCGUAGACACCAACCGCGAGGUCCAAGUCGAAGUAGUCAACUACAAGAAAUCCGGCGAGCCGUUUGUUAAUUUGGUUAGUAUUAUCCCUGUGAGGACGGGGAGUGGGUCGAUUGCGGGGACGGGGGUUGUUGGCGGGAGUGGGAGUAGUGGGAGUAGUGGGAGUAGUGGUACGAGUAGCAGUGGGAAUGGUAUUGAGAAAGGGAAGGGGAGAGCGGGGAGCGUGAAGGGGGGGAAGAGGAAAGGGAAGGGGAGGAUUGGGGGGAGGAAUGAGAGUGCGAAUGGGAGUGGGAGUGGGAAUGCAGAUGUUGGGAGUGGUGGUGGUGGUGGUGGUGGUGGUGGUUCGUUUACGUUGGCUGUGGGGUUCUUGUGUGAUAUCAAUGCUAUGGAAUGA